CCCUUCUUCUCUCUCUCUCGCUCACCUGCAAAACUGAAGAAUUCAUUCGAAACCAACAACGAGCAUUCCGCUAGAAUGCGCCACUGAUCCCGAUCAAAACGCACCUCAAUCGUACAGCCAUGGCCGGUUGGAUCUCCUCCAAACUCAAAGUCGCUGAAACCCUCCUCCAACAGAUCGAUCAUCAAGCGGCGGAGUCAUUAGGCAAAAACGACAAGCCGCGAUCUGAUGAUUUGAGUAUUGAGACCUCACGGAAAAGCACUGAAGUAGUGCCAUUGAAGGAUCAGCUGAAGAAGAAGAAGAAUAAGGAUAAAACUACACAAACGAAUGAUUUAAUUGGCAAAUCUCGUAAUGAUCGUAAUUCAAUUGAAAUUAGUAGUAAUAAAAUUAGUGUUAAUCGAGAUAGGGUUGAGGAAGUUGGGGCAUUGGCUGUAAACCCUCCUCCUAAGUCUGGGCUUACCGACAGUGAUUGGACCCAGCUACUUAGUGCACCGAGCCAGCCAACAUCUCCGGUUGUGACUAGCGGUAAUGGAGUGACUGGGAUUCACGGGUUGCGGAAAGAUGGUCAGACGCAGGGCAGGUCGGGUUCGAAUUUGUCAGCAUUGGAGGGGAAGAGGAACCAGAAGGGCAAGAAUAGUGGUUUGAGGACGUUGAAAAAACCAGGUGUUUUGUCUGAAAAUAAAGUAAAUGGUGGGAGGCGGAGAGAUGGAGAAGAUUCUAGGAUUGUUCAGGGAAUUUCUAGAGCUGAAUUGGGAAGUGGUGGUAAUGAAUCGGAAGUAAGAGAAUCGGAUCGGAAGGAUGCAAGUCCGAGCCUUGUUGUGGAGAAUAAGUACAAGGCAAAUGAAGAAAGAAAUGGUGUGUCAGAAGAAACACAUGGGGAUAUGGGUCAUUUGCACUCAAAGGAGGUUACUUCUGUGGACACAGUUCCACAGUCUACGGAUAGGGACUCUCUGGUGGAAAUGGCAUCAGAGACUGCUGAUGGGGUUUCUGAUUUGAAGAUGGGAAAUGGCAAUGAUGAUCACAACAGAUUCAGGAGUUCUAUUGGGGGAAUUAAUGAACGCAGUGCAGGGCCGAGGAGGUCGCCUACUCUGAAGAGGGAUUCUCCUUCAAUAAGCAAUAGAGGGUCUGAUUCAGAGACAGAGUCAACAUCCACGUCUGAUUCAGAAAGUGAACGCGAAAGGGAAGAAAGGAAAAGGAGGGCGGCGCAGAUCCUAGUUGAGAAAGCAGCAGCAAGGGCCAUAGAGGCUAUCAAAGAGCGAGAAAAUAUGGUUGCUAGAUUGGAGGGGGAGAAACAGAGCUUAGAGAAAAUACUUGAAGAACGGGCCAAACAGCAAGCACAAGAGGCUUCAGAGCUGCAGAACACUAUGAUGGAAACGAUGGAGGCUGUCGAUUUGGAGAAGCAAAAACAUAAUAAUACUAGAAUGGAAGCCCUUGGCAGACUGGCUAAACUUGAGACUACAAAUGCUGAUCUUGCACGAUCGCUUGCUGCUGCACAAUGGAAUCUUGAAGUAGAGGUUAAUCGUGUGGCAGAACUUCGACAACAAAUUGAUUUGAAAGAAGCAAACCAUGAAGAACUCAGGAGGAAGAUCUCCACUAUUCAUGAUACUGGAAACCAAUUCGUUGCUCCAAAAGGAGUUGAAUUGGAGCGUGAGAUACUUGAGGCAGAGUAUUCUUUUGUAACUGAGAAAAUCGGACGAUUAGAAGAGAAGGCAAAGACUCUGGAAACAAAUAUUGAAAUGACCCGAAAAGAUAUAGAGAAUCCAACUGAAGUGGAAGUUGAGCUAAAACGGAGGCUUGGUCAGUUGACUGACCAUUUGAUUCAGAAACAAGCCCAGGUUGAGGCGUUGUCUUCUGAGAAAGCCACACAUUUGCUUAGAAUUGAGGCAGUUUCAAGGUUAUUGGACGAAAACAAAUCAAAGCUGAAUGCCACAGAUAUCGAAUCGGGGAUUUGGGAGUUCUCCAACUCAAAGCUGAGGCCGUUGUUCAAAGAGAGAAUGCAAUCUGGCCGGCAACAUCUAGGAUCAUUGGUUCGGCAGUUGGACUCUAUCUUUUGUGCGGGUGCGGUGUUUCUAAGAAGAAAUUCCACUGCAAGGCUGUGGUCUUUUGUUUACCUUGUAUGCCUUCAUUUCUGGGUGGUAUACAUUCUAAUGUCGCACUCUCCGGUAUCAGAUGAGGCCAGGUCAGGUGCUGUUAUUUCCUUGGAGAAUAUCAAUAACACUGGAGGUGUCUGAUUUAUUUUUAUGAUUUGUUUGUGUUGUUGCCUAUUGGUUUUACCAAGUAUAUAUAUAUAUUGUUUUAUGGGGUACUUAAAUGUUACCUGGGGGGUGUAAUUACGCAGUUUUUUUCCCAGUCCAAUAACAACACAAUGGAUGAUGAUGCACAGAAAUGUAUUAUUUACUUAUCAAUGCUAACGAGGGAAUAAGUCAUAAUACAACUAUUUUA